AUGACAACUGUGGAAGUACUGAUCAUGGAAAAGAAUGAGUCAUCUAUGGGUCGGCUGUCCACACUGAAUAGAGGUCCAGGAACUUUGCUGUCUGAGAAUCGGUCAUCAUCCAUUGGGUCAGCUACUCUACAAAGUAACAGUAAUCUGAAUGGUUCAUUUGACUCUGUUGCAAGACAAAAUCUAGCAUCUGCAAUUGAACAACAUGGGUCUGGUAGGAAAUCUUUGUCAGAGUCCUUACUUGUCGAUCCACAUCCUGUUUCUGGUAAUUUCUCACUCUGUAAACCAUUUUACAAUGAGGAAGAUAGCGCAGCUGUGAAGAUGCCAAAGAGUUCAGAAUAUGAAAGUUCCUAUCAGGUAAUGGAGCAGAGAACCAAACAACUUGAUGUGGGCAUUCAGACUACGAUUAAUGGGGGUAAAAUUCAUGCAGAGGAGAUGUCCUGUGUACAUGAAUCCGAAAACUUGAACUUGGAUAACAAACAAGAAAAUGGAAACUUUACAGAAGAUAGUAAUGAUGGUGUAGUACUUCAACAAAGUGAUGGUAAAUCAGGAGUACCAUCGGCUCCUUCAAGUGUCUACCAAUUUUAUGAAAUGAGAUUGGCUGGGCUAAUAACAAAGAAUGGAAUCUUGGAAGGGCAGUUGGCAGCUGCAUUGGCUAGCCGUGAAGCAGCAGAGAAGAAUUUAUCUUCUGCUCUUAAGAGUAGACAGGAGAUGGAGAAAAAGUUGGCAGAUACUGUGAAGGAGAUGGAGUUGCUGAGAGAGAAGCUAGCGGGAGUAGAAUUAGCACAGGAAGAGGCCAACAGCCUAUCAAAUAUUGUCCAUUCUGACAAUGUAAGGCUUGAGCAUGAUGUGGCUUUCCUUAAGGCGGUUAUGGAUGACACCCAGAAGGAGCUGCAUUCAACUAGAGGAGUCCUUGCUGGGGAAAGGGCAAGAGCAUUCCAAUUACAGGUCGAAGUUUUCCAUCUAAAACAAAGAUUGCAGUCCCUGGAGAACCGAGCACCAACGCCUCGGAAGCCUUUCCACGUCUAG